AGGUUAUGUUGACAACUGAAACUCGUGGAAUCUGCAAAGUGCUAAGUUGGAAGCUCCGUGAAAAUUCCUUUUGAAGCAAGUUCGUGCAAGUUUGCGAUUGUUUUGUGUCCCAUUUAUUUAUACAGGGCUCUCGUUUCAAUUUGCGAAUGUUCUCAGUUGUCUGGAAGAGUUGAAAUUACCAUAAGCUUCGCUCAGUGUCCAGUCAGAAAUUCAGGAUGUCCGGGAAAGAGGACACUCCAGCACCUGAAAGCAAGCACGUGCAUCGGUUACCCUCCUUUCGCUCUGCCAGAGAUCUGAACCUAGACAAAUAUAAACUUCCUACUGCCAAACCCAACGCGAAAAAAUAUGUUCCAAACCUGAACGUCACAAGAAAAAAGCAAGAUGACGAAAAAGGUGGGACAAGUUCAACAUCUAAAGAAAAUGAUAAAAAACAGAAUGGUAUACCUCAGCGUGGUCGAGGUCGCGGCAGGGGUCGAGGAGCUAGCAAUCUUGUUCAGACCAAGUCAAUUUUUUCGGAAGGAAUGGGUGACAGGAAAGGUGCCAAGUACAUGAAACCAUGUGAUGUCGAAUCUGUUCCUAGAACAUCAACCGUAACAAAAUCUAGUUUUUCUCAGGGUCAUAGCAGAGGUUCCAGAGAUAGAUCUUCAGGCACUUCAAAAUCAAGGAAAGAGCAUGGUGAAAGAUUGCCAGAUGAUGAUUUUAUUGAUGACGUAGAUGAAGGUGGCUAUGAAUAUUCCUUCAUGAAGCCUGUUAGCUUACCAUUACGAUUAUCUGAAAAUUAUGCCUUAGAAGAUAUCUGUGAUGAUGAAGAAAUAGCUCCAGGUGUUAAAAUUAAAGCUGAACCCGGUACUCCAAAAGUCAAAGUUAAAUCUGAAAAUAAACCAAGGAAAGAAUUUACCAAUGUCAAAGAACUUUUAUCUGAUUCAAAACCUCAAUUGUUAUUUUUGCAGUUACCAACCAAUUUACCCGGGCUCCUAUUAGAUGACAAGGCAGACACUCCUUCUGUGAUACAUAAAGAAAAACCUAUCGUGAUAAAGAAAGAACCAGGCACUGAGGAUAAACAGUCCCUCAAAGCAGAGCCUAGCACUAGUAGCAAUUCCAGUCAGUCCACCAAACCAAACACUGCGCAGGAGGCAAAGUCGAAUCUGUGCACGUUGAAGGAACUGCAACCUGGAUGUAUAGGCAAGAUUCAAAUACUCAAAUCUGGUAAAGCCAAACUCAAUUUAGGAAGUUGCAACUUUCUUGUCGACCUUGGUAGUCAAGUAGGUUUUAAACAGGAUUUAGUCUCUUUGGAAUUGAAUGCUGACACAAAAACUGGUGAUACAAUUAAUUUAGGACCUCUUAGCUCCCGCCUCAUAAUUUCACCUGAGUGGGAGGAUAUGAUCAAAUCUAGCAUAAAAAAAUGAUUGUUAAUUCCCAACAUAGAAAUAUUAUCCCUGCUACUUCUUUUUAAUUGUUUUUUGUUAAUACAGCGACUUCUUUUUCAUCAA